AAAUUACUCAGCUCAUCAAAACUAUUGCACAUCAUGUGAUAGGUCUUGAAUAUUUGAAACUUCCAAUUUAUACGUUAGAAGAUCUUGCUCUAAUUCACCAAGCUAAUAAUCAAUUAAAGAAACUUGAACUUUAUAUUAUGAAUAGAACAAUAGAUCUAUAUUGUGUACUUUUGCUUUUUGCUAAUGUUCCACUUAAAA